AUGAAUAAUUUCAAUGAAACCAAUUCUCUGGGCAUGGCUUCGAUCUCGACUGCGUCGUUCCGCCGUACUUUAAAACAGUUUGGUGUUAUCUACAUGGCAGCUGUUAUCAUCCUUGGAUUCAUUGGAAAUUCCAUAUCGUCGUAUGUUUUCAUUCGAAGUAAACUCAAACGUUUAAGUUGCAGUUCAUACUUAAUCGCUUUAUCUUUAUCUGAUAAUGGUUACUUAAUAUGCUUAAGUCUUGUUUGGCUCGAAAACCUACGUGUCUACAUAUUCCAUAACAACGGAAUCUGCCAAAUUGCUGUUUAUCUUACAACCGUUUUCAGUUCAUUAUCUGUUUGGUUCACUGUUGCUUUCACAACCGAACGCUUUGUUGUUGUUGCGUAUCCAUUGAAACGUUCGCAGUACAAUUCGGCUACUCGUUCCCGUUAUGUUAUUCUUCUGUUAACAUUUCUGGCUAUUCUUCUAUAUUCCUCGUCGUUAUGGACAUCAGGGAUUGAAAUAGCUGAAACUCAGAGAUCAACGUCGUCAGCUCGUGAAUCACGUUGUGUUACCCUUCGCCCUUGGGUUAAAUUCACACGUCAAAUGAAUAUCAUCGACUUCUUUCUAACAUUUAUCAUCCCAUUUUUUACAAUUCUCACAUUAAACACGUUGAUUAUCUUGAAAUCCGGCCAUUACGAUCGUUUAUUAGAACGUAAUUACAUUCAGCCAUCAACUUAUGUUCUGCAUAAUCUCUUAGAGCACCGUUUACGUCGUUCUAAAUAUCAUCGACGCAUAACAAAAAUGCUAUUAAUCAUCUCCACCACGUUUUUGUUGCUGAACACACCGAUGCACUUAUUGAAAAUUUAUUAUUUCUUCUUCUCGAAUGAUGACAGCUAUGACGAGAAGAACUCUAUUGAAUCAAUGAUCGAAAUGCUGACAUUUUACUUAUUUUAUACGAACUUUUCCAUAAACUUCUUUCUCUACUCAUUAUGUGGAAAGAAUUUUCGUUCGUCACUCAUGGAGUCAAUCAAACAUAUCGGCAAGAACACGUCAUCUGCAAGUUUCUUCUCGAAUGCGGGUGACAAUCCAUUCGGACAGUAUUAUCAACGUUCACAGCGCUUUCAUCCUCAUUCGCGCUUUGAAAAACGUGAACUAAGUAGUACGUUGAGUAACGGAAAUGGUUUCAUGUCAACGUCGAACAUAGCGGCGACAAUGGCAACUGGUAUUAGCCAACAAACUCUACAUCCAUCAUCAUCAGCAUCGUCAUUUAAACGAAAUUCAUUGAAGAUCGAGUUACAAACGCCAGCUGCGGUGAAAUUCUAUUCAGCAUUAACAAUGAAAUGA